AUGUCCAACACCAACUCCGCCUCCAACGACGAUAUGAAAACCACAUCUGCUAUCAGCAAUUUGUUGCCUUCGUUUAAAACUCCUGGUGUCCGAAAUAUAGAAGCAGCAUAUUCCCGCGCUGGCGCAAGUAAUAAUCACACACCGGGUUAUGCAUCAGCAUUAGGUUCGCAAUCUCAGAAACCGGGGAGUGAGGUGGAGCAGGGGGUGGGGAGUGAGAAGUUUAGAGAGGGAAUUAGUGAUCAGAGGGUUGAGCCAUCGGUCGUGGGCAAGUUAUUCAAUAACUUAAUAAACGGUACGGAUAAGUCGAAGUGA